AUGGAAGCUGGGCUUGGCAUUGAACAUGAUGACAAGGAAAGGCAAAGUGAGUUGGUAAAAGAUGGAUCAGUAGAUCUCAAGGGAAACCCAGUUUCUUAUUCUGCAACUGGACAUUGGAAUGCUUCCUUCUUCAUUAUGGGUGUUGAAAUGGGGGAGAGAUUAACAUACUUCACAAUAGCAGCAAGUCUAUUCACAUAUCUAACAGAUGCUAUGCAUCAGGGAGUUGCAACAUCUGCAGAGACUCCGUCUUUGCAAUCAUUUGCAGCAGAUCAGUUUGAUUACCAACAUACAGAUGAAACAAAACGUAAGAUCUCCUUCUUUAAUUGGUAUUACUUCUUCCUAGCGUUGGCCAUUCUUAUGUCAAAUGCAGUGAUAGUGUAUGGUCAAGGGAAUGUUAGUUGGGGGGCAGGAUUUGGCAUCGUGGCGUCUGUGAGUUUCAUAGCUAUAAUCAUCUUCUUAUUUGGGACCCCCAAGCACAGACACAGAAUUCCUGCUGGAAGUCCAAUCACUGGGAUUGCUCAGGUGUUGGUUGCUGCGCCUUUUAGAAACCGUAAUCUGAAGGUAAGGGCAGAAUCUAAAAAACCCAGUCAGAAUGACUUCAAGUGGCUGGACAAGGCAUCCAUAGGAGAAGAAGAGCAUGGCAACAAAGACCCCUGGAAAGCCUGCACAGAAAGACAAGUAGAAGAAGUAAAACAACUAGCAAGAAUAGUACCAGCAGUAUGGUUCACAAUCAUCAUUUACUCUGUCACUCUGGCACAGGGCGUGAGCGCAUAUGACCGUCUGCUGGUUCCAAUUGCAUCAAGGAUAAGCGGCAUGGAACGAGGCAUAACUAUACUUCAGAGAAUCGGGGCAGGAUUGGUGUUUGGAAUCGUGGGAAUGAUAAUAGCAGCCAUGGAAUUUUUCUAUUCACAAGUGCCGGAUGGCAUGAGGAGCUUGAGGGUUGCCUCCAAUAUGACAGCUACCGGUAUCGGGAGCUUCGUUAGUAGUUUUGUUAUUAAUAUUGUUAACAGUGUUAGUGGGAAGAUGGGUCAAAGGUGGCUGCUGGAUAAUCUCAAUACAAGUCGACUGGAUAAGUUUUACUGGUUGCCGGUUGCUCUGAAUGCUCUCAAUCUUUUGGCUUUCAUAUUCAUUGCACGGAGAUAA